AGAGCGCAUCAAGCCAGUGCGCAGUACGAAAGUUGCAUUGCGAGUGGGAACAGUCGUCCAGUUCUUUCCGCGAUGGAGUAUUUGUUGUAUGCAUUGCAAUGUGUCCUCGUUAUUGUCAGCUUCUCUUUCGCUGUUCAAAUUUACCGUCAAUACACCUAUUGGAAGAGGCGUGGUAUUCCAUACUUGGAAGUGAUACCACUUAUUGGAAAUCAGGCGCCGGUCCUGUUAAAACUGAAAACUCUUCCCGCAUUUAUAAUGGACAUGUAUAACCGAUACCCUGAUGCAAGAUUCUUCGGCCUGAUGGAUUUUAAUAAACCUGUCAUCUUGAUUAGGGACCCUAAAUUGGUUCUCGACAUUGGCGUGAAGAAUUUCGAAAACUUUCCAAAUCACAGGAGCUUCAUCGACGAGAAGAUGGACAAGCUUUUUGCGAAGAAUAUCUUUUUUCUUCGCGACGAACGCUGGAAGGAAAUGAGGGCGACGCUGAGUCCCAGCUUUACCGCCAGCAAGAUGAAGUUCAUGUUCGAAUUGAUUUCCAAGACUUCCAAGGAUUUCGUCACAUAUCUACUCGAGCAUCCGGAAGAGACAAAGUCCAUCGAGACGAAAGAUGCCUUCACGCGAUACACAACCGACGUGAUCGCCACUGCAGCUUUCGGCAUAAGCGUCAACUCGAUGCGCGACAAAGAUAAUGACUUCUAUGUCAACGGAAAAGAUAUAAUUAGUUUUGAGCAAAUCUGGAAAAUCAUUAAGGUUGUUCUAUUUUGUACAUGUCCGAGUAUUAUGCGAUUGACGCGUCAAAGUUUCAUAUCACGCGACAAGACGACAUUUUUUAGGACGAUCAUCCAAGAUGCUAUUAAGGUUAGAGAGGAGAAGGGAAUCGUCAGACCGGAUAUGAUUCACUUGCUGAUGCAGGCCAGAGAUAACGAACGUGUAACAUUGUCCACCGAUGACAUCGUGGCUCAAGCUUUUAUAUUCUUUGUGGCUGGUUUCGAUACUUCCUCGACUUUGAUGUGUUACAUGCUUCAUGAACUGGUGCUCAAUCCUGACGUUCAGCAAAAGCUUCGCGAAGAGGUUGAUCAGGUGACUUCUGGUGCCGACGACGAGGUCACCUAUGAGAUGUUACAGAAGAUGAAGUACAUGGACAUGGUCAUCUCUGAAACUCUACGAAAACAUCCUCCAGUUUCUUUCAUCGAUCGUGUCUGUGUCAAGAGUUUUAAGCUUCCGCAGUCAAUGCCAGGGUACAAUGAUGUCACAGUUGAGAAGGACUCCAGUAUGUGGUUUCCAGUGCGUGCUCUUCAUUAUGAUCCACAAUAUUUUCCGGAUCCAUAUAAAUUUGAUCCUGAAAGAUUUAACGAUGAGAAUAAGAACAAAAUUGUGCCUUGCACUUAUUUGCCCUUUGGACUGGGUCCUCGAAAGUGUAUUGGAAAUAGAUUCGCGUUGAUGGAGACGAAAAUAAUCAUGACGCAUUUGAUACAAAACUUUGUGUUUGAACGAACGGAAAAGACUCUCGAUCCGACUAAGUUUACCCUAAAAAGUUUUAGUAUUACACCGAAAGAAGGUUUUUGGCUUCGGUUAAAGCCACGAAAGAUUUAGGAUGUUUUCUCCUAUUUUCAUUAUUAUUUUUUUGAUUACAUAAUUCGCUUAGAAAUUUUAUUUGAUCAAUAUUAGCGAUCAUGUUCUACGUAUUAUUUCUUACACGUCCAAGUGACAGUAUUAUUUAAAGGAGAACUUUGGUGAAUGUUGGAAAAUAAUAUGUAAUAUUAAAUAAGACAAAUAUUUGUGUACCAUGUAAAUGCAUUAUAUGAAUUAAAUAAAUUGUUACAUUGCACGGUUCUGUAUAGACGAGUAAUGUAAUGUGUAUGGGUAAGUAGACUGUUACGGGUUAGACUACCUGGGGGGUAGCACGUGAGGGUCUCCCUUUGUUUUGGCUGUCUUAAAGUUGUCAUCAAUAAACAAUAAUAAAUUCGA